AUGGAAAUUGAAGACAGUGACAGUGUCGAUGGCAGCAACAACAUCAGCCUCGCCAGCUGCUUCAAGGAGAAUGGAGAGAUUGAUAUAGCAAGGUACCUACAGUACGCAACACAGGAGGAUGCUCUCGCAGACAAAGAAGAGUCAGACAUAUCUAGACGUUUGCAAGAAGAGGAUGAUGAUGGUAUGACCGUCAUGUCUACAGUGGCAGAAGAAGAAAAGACAACUUCAACAGAAGGCCGUAAACGGCGUAUGAAGUCUCUGAAACCAUAUUAUUUCAACGAAGCUGGAGAGAAAGUUACCUUGCGUCCAAGGCAAACAGUUUGGUAUCUUAUGUACGUGGUUUCCCCCAGUUUGGAUUGCCACAAAUUCAACAAGAAGUUUCGUCGCCGAUUUCGAAUGCCUUAUCCAGAGUGUCUACGCUUGCUGGGAUGGGCUGGUGCCGCGGAGGAGUUAACGCGGUGGAAACUUGGAUCCAAAGAUGCUGCUGGAACUGCCGCUUCACCACUAGAAUUGAUGGUGCUUGCAGCCCUUCGCUACUUGGGAAGGGGUCUCACCUUUGACGACCUGGAAGAAUAUACAGCAAUCAACGAAGAGACACAUAGACAGUUUUUCCACCGGUUCAUUACCUGGGGAUCUGGCUGGUUGUUUGACAAAUUUGUCAUCAUGCCAACUACCGAAGAAGACUACAACAAGCAUAGAAAAGAAUUCGAUGCGGGCUGUCUUCCCGGUGCUGGGUUCUCUACAGAUGCAACCAACGUUAUAAUGUGGCGAUGCUCCCACAACCUCAGACAAGCGAAUCUUGGCUUCAAACAAAGUACUCCAGCACGAACCUACAACCUCACUUGCAACCACCGGCGUAGGAUCUUGCACACAACAAGAGGACACCCAUCAAGAUGGAAUGAUAAGACGCUGGCACAUUUCGAUGAAUUCAUGACAAAGCUGCAUGAUGGAGAAAUCUUACAAGACGUUUCUUUUACCUUGUUCUCUUGGGAAGGAGAAGUCGGAAAGUCACCUCUGGAAGCGACAAAGUACAGCGGAGCAUGGGGCCUUGUUGAUAAUGGCUACCACAAAUGGGCUUGCACACAAGCACCAGCGAAGCACAAUCUACAUAGGGCUGAAGAGCGCCUCAGCGAAUGGAUUGAGUCCUUUCGAAAGGAUUCAGAAUGCACAAUUGGCAUUCUCAAAGGACGCUGGAGAGUUCUGAAGACAGGCAUUCGCCUUGAUGGACCAGAAGCAGCUGAUAAAAUGUGGCUUACCUGUUGCGCAUUGCACAAUAUGCUGCUCGAGUCAGACGGAUUGGAUGAGGAGUGGGUGGGUGGAGUAGGUGACAACGACGCCAAUGAAAUGCGGCAUCAUGCUCCAUUUGCAAUUAGCCGGACCAAGAAUUGCAGGGUUUCGGAGGUAGAGCACACGAGAACAAUGCGGUGGAACAAGAGAGAAGACGCAGAGCUCUGA